AUGGCUAGUUUCUCACGGGAUCUGAUCCUUGAGAUCGCGCAGAAUUUAGACGCCAAGUCUCUAUUCAAGCUUUGCGAGACAAGCAGGGAGAACAACAUGCUCCUCAAGACGUAUCAGCGUUCAUUAUCGCAAUUACGUCUGGCAGAAUUCCCUGUUCCGCCUCCUGGUGAUGUGCUCUCUUCAGAGCUAUAUCUUCGACGCCCAAUUAAGCAUGGAAGCUUUCAAAUGCUUCUAGAGUUGGAGAAUCGAAGAUCCCGAGUCAAAGAGAUUCUCACUGCCUCUCCCCACUUCAAUAUUGGGUCACCACCGGGCCUAGGAGAACUCACCAAUCCUCAGCAAGAACGCCUAUGUGCAUUCCUGUACCGUGCAUUUGCACAAUGCGACUAUAUUGCAGAUAUCGCAGCCAAUGUACCUUGCGGAACGCCUGAGGCACAAUGGUAUGGGCACCAAUUCAUGAAAUGGUGGGGUGGGCGUGAGCUAGAACAGGGCUUUCGUGAGAAAGAUCCGUACACGAACUAUCCCGCACGUCCUGCGCAAAAGGAAUAUAUCCGCAACUUAUCCAAACAGGAUUGUAUCAUGAUUUACUAUCUGAUAAAUAUGAUGGGAUCAUGCUUUGUCAAGUCCCGCGAAGAUUGGAUCCUCUCAGAUCCUGUUUUUGACGAGCGUAUUACCGUCUUCGAGGAAUGCGUUCUCCGACAUGGAUCAUGGUAUGCAUGGGCUCACUUCAUGGGAGGCAGCGAAUGGGUAUCUAUGACCAUUGAUAUCGCUAGUGUCGGAAUGACCGAACUCCAUAGGUUUGAGUACGGCAACGAAGAUGCUAUGUGUAGUCUGCUGUCAGUGCUGGUUGAGCGGUUUAAUGAACUGCAUGAGUCCCCGGACAACAGAACUAAGACGGUACAACAGGCUGCUAAGCGUUUGAUCACCGCGGAUAUUGACGAUAGCGAUGAUAGAGAUCAGGAUGAGGAAAACCAAGAAUAG